UGAAUUGGUUGCUUGUUUCUGUUAAUGGACAACUCAGCAUUUGAAAUGCAUGAAGAUGCCAUGCAGAAUACUUUGCCUGCGGGGAAGAUGAACACCAUCUUCAGAAUGGAAAAGAAGAGGCAGUGGUCAUUGAUGAACAUUUUCCUGGUAUGUCUCUUGGCCUGUACCAUCACCACCGCAGUAGGAGUACUGAUACUUUCCUUGGUUUAUACUCAGAACUCUCAGCCACAUUCAGAAGUUCAUUUAGGACUCGAAGCCUGGCCUCUGCAAACAACUCCUAUAGUGCAAAAGGCUGUGGAUCCAAAAUUCCAGUUUCUUAACCAUUUACCUAAGUCCAAGGUGUUUGAAUUCCCCGGUGGUGCAAUCCAGUGGGCCCGGUAUAGGAACGAUGUCAAAGACUAUCUCAGCAUCGAAGAAGAGGCUUUUGGCAGCAGCUUGAACAGUCAGAGAUCACACAUGACUCUGGGGACCCUGAGGAUAAAAAGCAAUGGCCUCCGGGCCCCUCACUGGCACUUCAAUGCUAACGAACACGGCUAUCUUGCACAGGGGACAGCAUGGAUCGGGGUGGUUGACGAUGGUGGUGUAGUUACCACGUACAAUGUUACAGCUGGCCAAGUGAUCUUCUUCCCUCAGAAUACUCUGCACUGGAUAAAGAAUGUGGGGGAUGAAGACUGCUUUUUCUUGCUCUUCUUUUCCACACAUGAUGAACUUCAGACCCUGGAUGUUGAUGAUGUGUUUUUUUCGAUGCCUGAAGACAUUGCUUCCAGGUCACUUAAGCCUGAAGGUGGAAUUAAUUUCAUUAGAACAUUCCAUAAGCAAAAAGAGGAUCAGGGGGUCAACCUUCCUCCCAACUUGGCAGAACUGGUUAUAAAUCCUAGUUAUGUCCAGUCUCCAGAUAGUCUUGUGUGGAAAUAUUUUUAUGACCUUAAAGGCUCAAAAGAAUAUAGAUUUCCAGGAGGAAUAAUACAACUGGCACAAUACUGGAAAAAUGCAAGUGAACUAAGCAGCCAUGAACAAAUUUUUAGUGAAUUCCUGAAUCAGCAUCAAAAUGCCCUCACUUUGAGUACACUCAGAAUUUAUAACAAUGGAUUACGACAGCCACAUUUUCAUUUUAAUGCAAAUGAAAUGGGAUAUGUAAUAAGUGGAUGUGCUAAGGUUGGCGUUAUUAACACUCAGGGUAUCACAGAGUUUAAUGUUCACAUUGGAGAUGUGGUAUUUUUCCCCAUGGGAACUCAGCAUUACAUUAAGAGCACAUGUGAUGAGGAUUUGCUUCUUAUUCUUGCCUUCAGCACUGGAGACCAGUUGCAAACCCUUGACAUGGACGAUUAUCUCCAGGCCACAGCAGACCACAUCCUGGCCCAGCUUUUUUUCAAGAAGCAAAGUGAGUUUAAGAAGAUCCCCAAAUUUGAGGAGGACCAGGCAAUCAACCUGCCUUAGAUUUGCUGAUGAGUUCAUAUCUAUCCUUCCUUCUUCAUUUGUUAUUGUUGUUUUUAAAGGACCACUUUGCUAAUGAACCUAGAGCUCUGUACAGAGUAGAAAUGGAAAAGCAGGUGCAAAACAGCCCUGUGGGCUAAUUUAGCUUAGUGAUUAUAGGCUGUGUAUGCUAAGGGUGCAUUUCAGUAUACUCUGCAUAGAUUGGCAGAUCUAUGGAGAAGAUCCUAAAUAAAUCUAUUUUUUUAUGGAUUUUUGUAUGUGUGUAUAUAUUUAUUUAUUUUCCUUGUGUUACUUAAUUUUAUUACUCUAAAUGAAAAUCCAUUUUUUUAUGCCUAUCAGUAAAUCGUACUACACUGCAUGUAUUUUUGUCAUUCAUCACUGUGAAAGGAAGUCAGCCUGUGUAUGUAUAUAUUGAGGUGCUGGAACCCAGGUACCUCAAACUUUGUCUGGAGAGUUCUGUAUAGAGCCCAACGCUGGUGAUUCCUAACCCUUCUGUUGGUUUGAAGAUACUUUUUAUAAUGGCAAAAUUUUCAAGGGCUCACUCAUUUGGUUGUAUACUUACUGCAUAUUAGCCAAGAAAAUAUUCAGUGAUAAAGUAAUAAUGAGUUCAGUACCUUCUUUAAAUAUAUUGGAUUUCAUUAAUCACAUCAUCAACUAUUUACAUCUGAGGAGUAGUCAUCCCUAUAUUUGAGAAGCAUGUGGUUUAUUUAGUCCAUCGGCCAUGCUGGCUAUGUGUGUGGAUUCAAGAACCAUUUGUCAUCACUUGGAAGCUGGUGGUCUCUAAGUUGGGGGUCAUUGUCUUAAGUGGAAAAGAAUUUGUUCAGAUCUAACCUGUGCUGGUUUUUGUUUACAAUUUAUUUUAGCAGGUAUUUAGUCCCUGCAUUGUGCUUGGGUACAGCCAUUAGUUCUGGGCUACCCUAUAUAAAAUUCUCAAGUCAAUAUAGCUGAUUUUUAAUGCUUUUGAACAUCACCCACCUUCAAAUAUUCCCUUGAUACCUAAUGGGAUUUUUAGAUAUUUUAAGAUAUUUGUUCCCAGACUAAAAAGAAUAUAUAUGUUCCUUUUUGUCUCUGUUUUUAUUUCUCUAUCUUUCUGUCUGUCUGGAUUGCUAGUUCUGUUGACUACAAGUACAGAAUUCAGUGAGAAUCAGAAAUGGCUCACUUUUAGCAUGAGGAAGUAGCCAUCUACAUAAAGUACCUAAUCAGAUAACAAAAGGCCUGUUAUCGCUUAGAACUACUGUGUAUUACCUUAUUGCGCUUUACUGGGUGAUCCAGCCAAGAUCAAAGCGUGGUAACAAUGGGAGGUUUGUGAUGGCGAUGUUGUCUUGAAAAGACUUUAUAGAGAAUGGGUCUCCAGCCAGGUGGAGGAACAUGGUUGAGAAGAUUCAGGGAACAGCAUCAGGUAUUAGGUAUAUGGAAGAAGGAUGUCCAGAUAGAGAGGAAAUAGUCAGAAAGGUAAACAGCAAUGUGUGUAGACAGAUUUUAUCUGCAAAUUUUGUUUUACUUUAGGAACUUUUUUUAUAUACUAUAAACCAGCUCAUAAUCCAUUUUCCUAUGUCAGGAAGUAUUAUUUAAUAAAGAUUUUAUGCAUCUUUGUGUAUUCUUUUGUCAUUGUAAUUUUGAAUGAAAUGUUCUUUAUGGAUUUAUGUAUUUGAAGCAUUUUUGGAUUCCCUGUAUGCAUCCUUGAAAUGUGACUUAGGAAUCUAGUCCACUAUGUAUUUAAAAAAGAAAAAUCUUAAAAAUAAAGAUAAUGUAAUGAGACAAUUCA